CCUCCUCCGCUUGGUUCCCGUUCCGGGGCCGCCGCCGCCGCCGUGGUUGCUCUUGCUGUUGCUGUUGGCGCCUUCCCUCCUUCCUUGCUUGCCUUCUCUUCGGCUCCUGCGGGGCCUGGUCCCCGGCCAUGGCUACCAAGAAAGGCGGGUCGCGGCUGGAGAGCGAGAUCGAGCGGUGCCGCUCCGAGUGCCAGUGGGAGAAGAUCCCCGAGCUCGUCAAGCAGCUCUCCGCCAAACUCAUCGCUAACGAUGACAUGGCAGAGCUCCUCAUCGGAGAAUCAAAACUUGAACUUUUUCUGAAGGAAAACCCUCUUAAACAGGGUGCUAGUCCCUAUGGUCCUCGGCCAAAGUUGAUAGAAGUCAAGAAGCAUCUCACUGCAGCACUUGACCGAGGAAAUUUAAAGCCAGAGUUUUUACAAGAAGCCAACUUAGUUAUGGCCAAAUUAAACUAUGUGGAAGGCGAUUACAAAGAAGCUCUUAAUAUAUAUGCAAGGACUGUGAUUGAUGAUUUACAGCUUGUUGCUGUACCUCCUUACCGUCUGAGGAUGAUUGCUGAAGCAUAUUCUACCAAAGGUCUUUGUCUAGAAAAGUUGCCAAUUUCUUCAUCAACAAGUAACCUCCGAGCAGAUCGCGAACAAGAUAUCAUUAUGUGCUAUGAAAAAGCUGGGGAUAUAGCACUUCUGUAUCUUCAAGAGAUAGAAAGGCUAAUAAUUUCCAAUAUGCAGAACAGAAGCCCUAAACCAGGACCUGCAACACAUGAACAAGAACUUGGAUAUUUUUUAGAAACAGGACUUCAGAGGGCACAUGUUUUAUACUUCAAAAAUGGGAUAAACGUGCAUGAAGACCAACAGAAUUUGACAAGAGGAGUUGGUAGAUUUAGAGAGAUUCUAAGAGCUGUUGAAACAAGAACUACACAAAAUCUACGCAUGACAAUAGCAAGGCAGUUAGCAGAAAUCUUGCUACGAGGUAUGUGUGAACAGAGUUACUGGAACCCAUUAGAUGACCCUCCUCAUCAAUCUCCACUGAAUGAUCCUCUCUGGAAAGGUGCGAACACUAAAAGUUAUGCUCUUAGCCGAAGACCACGGAUCUACUCAGGGGAAAACAUUUUCUGUCCUCAAGAGAACACUGAAGAAGCUCUCUUGCUGCUGCUGAUUAGUGAAUCUAUGGCUAAUCGUGAUGCUGUUCUGAGCAGAAUACCAGAACACAAAAGUGACCGCAUCAUUAGUUUGCAAAGUGCAUCUGUAGUCUAUGACUUGCUUACCAUUGCCUUGGGAAGAAGAGGUCAAUAUGAAAUGCUAUCAGAGUGUUUAGAAAGAGCUAUGAAGUUUGCCUUUGAAGAAUUCCAUCUUUGGUAUCAGUUUGCACUGUCCUUAAUGGCUGCAGGAAAAUCUGCUCGAGCUGUGAAAGUCUUGAAAGAGUGCAUUCGAUUGAAGCCAGAUGAUCCUACAAUCCCACUUCUUGCUGCCAAACUAUGUAUGGGAUCCCUUCAUUGGCUAGAAGAAGCAGAAAGGUUUGCCAAAAUAGUGGUUGAUGCGGGGGACAAGACUUCAGAGUUCAAAGCCAAAGGUUUUUUAGCCCUGGGACUGACGUACAGCCUACAAGCUACAGAUGCUUCUUUGCGAGGUAUACAAGAAGUCCUGCAGCGAAAGGCUCUCAUUGCAUUUCAAAGGGCACACACUUUGUCUCCAACUGAUCACCUGGCCGCAUUUUAUCUAGCAUUGCAGUUUGCUAUAUCCCGGCAGAUACCAGAAGCGUUGGGUUAUGUUCGCCAGGCUCUUCAGCUCCAGGGAGACGAUGCUAAUUCUUUGCAUCUCCUUGCCCUCUUGCUGUCAGCUCAAAAACACUACCAUGAUGCUCUGAAUAUCAUUGACAUGGCCUUGAGUGAAUACCCAGAAAACUUUAUAUUACUGUUUUCUAAAGUCAAGUUGGAAUCACUCUGCAGGGGUCCAGAUGAGGCACUCCUUACUUGCAAACACAUGUUGCAGAUCUGGAAAUCCUGUUACAAUCUCACUAACCCCAGUGAUUCUGGACGGGGCAGCAGUUUGUUAGACAGGGCCAUUGCUGACAGACGACAGCUUAAUACAAUUACUUUGCCAGACUUCAGUGACCCUGAAACAGCUUCUGAUUCUUCCACAUCUUCAUCUCUCUCAAGAACCGAAUCUCCUCUCCACCUGUUUAUGUCUUCUCAGUCUCCUCACCCUCCUCAUCCCAAAACUGAUACCUUUGUGUGGCCCUAUGCAACCAAUCCCAACUGUGACCACGUUCCUGGGCCCUACGAACCUUCACCCUGCAACCCUCCAGAUGCUUACUUUCAUGGUUUUUUCUCCCUUUUUUCAGUUUGUUCAAUUCAUGCAACGUCAAUAGCAGCCUCUAGAGUGGAGCAGGCGUUGUCCGAGGUUGCCUCCUCUUUACGGAGCAGCACUCCGAAGCAAGGUCCUCUGCAUCCUUGGAUGACUCUGGCUCAAAUCUGGCUUCAUGCAGCUGAAGUAUAUAUAGGAAUCGGGAAACCUGCAGAAGCCACAGCUUGUACUCAGGAAGCGGCUAACCUCUUUCCAAUGUCUCACAAUGUCCUCUACAUGAGAGGUCAAGUGGCAGAACUUCGGGGCAAUAUUGAUGAAGCGAAACGCUGGUAUGAAGAGGCCUUAUCUAUCAGCCCUACCCAUGUCAAAAGUAUGCAGAGAUUGGCUCUGAUCCUUCAUCAGCUUGGAAGGUUCAGUUUGGCUGAGAAGAUCCUUCGAGAUGCCGUCCAGGUGAACUCCACGGCCCACGAGGUUUGGAACGGCCUUGGGGUGGUUCUGCAAGCUCAGGGCAACGACGAUGCAGCCACCGAGUGUUUCCUAACAGCACUGGAGCUUGAAGCCAGCAGCCCUAUCGUCCCUUUCACCAUCAUCCCCCGGGUCCUCUGAAAGGCUAGCCUGGCAGACUGAUGAGCCAUCGUGUUUUAGCUGAACAUGAAAAGGUUAGGAAGCCUGCCUGCCUUCCUUCUGGCUCCAAGGGCAGCUUUUCAGGCUGAGAGGUAAUGGAACCAAGCAGGCAAUCUGCUCAUUGCUGUUGGGGAUUCUGACAUGUGGAUGUGGUACAGUGUAUUGAUGUUAAUGGAGAAAAAUGACAAACCAGAAGAAAAUACACACACACAACACUCUCAAACAAAAGUACCACUUGUGUCUCGCCUACAUCUUUGUCCCCAUAGUACUCCCAAAGCCUGAUGCUAUUGUUAAAAAUUGAUAUUGUGCCAUAUUUUUAUUAGGUGACAUCUGAGUGUUGUGUACAACUAAAUAGAAUCAAACACCAACUGUAGUAUAAUAGAGUCAAGUUAAAAUUCAUCAAAAGAGCAGCCUGUUUUUAACCAAGCCUGUCAAAGACCUGUUCUCUUCAAUGUCUUUCAACCUCUCUGGGCCCAGGAAAAAAAUGUGAAAUUUGCUGUGUUCCAUCUCUACGGUAGUCCAAGCCAGCAAAUCAGCUAAAAGGUUUAUGUUUUUAGUUGUUAAUAACUGUGACGUGUAGCUAAUUGUCAUUCCCUUUACUUAGGAGAAAGGUUGUGUACAAGAAUAUUUAUAUUUUACCAAUGUAUGCCUGUUGAGAAAAAAAAUGAAAAGAAAAUAUUAGUUAUUUAAGUUUAACUUUUUUAUGUGAAUUCAGAGUUUAUUUAUCAAUGGAAAUAUGUAAAAAGAUGCUAAAGAUGGAAUAUUUACCGACAUUCCUUAUGCAUUAUACACCCACUUGGCUCAAUGGGAAGAUUAUGUUAAUAAUAAAAUGAUUUUUGAAUGGA